AAGCCUUUUGACCUGCUAGAAGAUUUAAAAUACCGGAGACUUGCUUUCAUGAUGUUGAGAUUUGGGCAGCAUCUCAUCAAGCCCUCUGUGGUCUUCCUGAAGACCAAGCUGUCCUUUGCUCUUGUGAACCGGAAGCCAGUGGUUCCCGGACAUGUCCUUGUGUGCCCACUGCGGCCCGUGGAGCGUUUCCGUGACCUGCGUCCCGACGAAGUGGCUGACUUAUUUCACACAGUGCAGAGGGUUGGCGAUGUGGUGGAGAAACACUUCUGUGGCACCUCGCUCACCAUUUCCGUGCAGGAUGGCCCUGAAGCUGGUCAAACGGUGAAGCAUGUUCAUGUCCACAUCCUUCCAAGGAGGGCUGGAGACUUCAGCAGGAAUGAUAAUGUCUACGAGGAGUUGCAACGACAUGACAAAGGAGAAGAGGAUUCCCCUGACAAGUGGAGGACAGAAGAAGAAAUGGCAGCUGAAGCAGCAAUUUUGAAGAAGUAUUUUCAGUAGAAUUAGAGGUUUGAUAUUUUUCAGGUAACAAAGUAUUUGAAAAACAUCCCACGACACAGGAAACUCCCUGAGAGCGCCCUGAUUCUCCUCUUCUCAGUGGCACUGGAACUGCAGCUGAACACAUUUUUAUGAUGUUCUACAAAUACGAGAUUCUUCCUUGAAAAAUUUUAUUGGACCUUUGGAUAUCAUCAGGAUUGAUUUUCAGCUAAGACAGUGAACCAUACUGGUUCAAAAUAAUGCUCUGAGCAAUAACUCCUAUUUUUCUGAAUUGUGAACUUGGGAAUGAAUCUUUUAAAAUUAUUCCGUGGCCCAAACUGAAA